CCGCAGCUGCGCUGCGUGUCUGAGGGAGAACUGCGGCGUUUGCACGUUCUGCCGUGACAUGAGGAAGUUCGGCGGUCCGUCCCGCAUGAAGCAGAAGUGUGUGAGGCGCCGCUGCCUGAUGCUGAGCUCCCGCAAGCAGCCGACCAGGCUGCAGAACCGACCCGGGGACCAGAGGGAGCCGUCCGACCCGGUUCGACCCGGAGACGACACCGACUCUCCGGACGCCCAGCAGGACGGCGUCCUCCACUGGGGACACGAGAGGACGGCAGGAAGGCGGGAGGAGGUGAGGAAGAGGAUUUGGAUGAAGAGGAUGAAGAGGAGGCGGGGCCAGAGUUGCGGAGCCUCCGAGACUCGGAACGGCUGGAUCGGUCCGCUGAUGAAGAGCGAGGAAGAGGAGACGCCGUUGUCCCACUGCCGCCAGUUGACUGGAGCCAGUGGGACCAGUUCAGCCCCGACUGGGACUCACCUGCAGUGGAACCUGACCCUGGACAGCUGCCACCUGUCCUCCGCCAUCCUCUCUGACUCCGCCCUCACCUGUCUGUCCGGCCUGCUGCCUCAGGACGGAUCCGUCCUCCACGUGUCCACAGGCCUCACCCUCAUCCCUCAUCCUCUUCCUCACUCUGCUGCCGUCCAAUCACCCGAACCGAAGGAGGAGGAGCAGCCAAUCAGCAUCGAGCUUUACGGCAGGGAGGCGGAGCUUUGGACCGGGACGUCUGAGGAGGGCAAGUUCUACGACGUGGAGGUGGAGCUGCCGGACCCAGAGUCCGACCCGAACACCAUGACGACAUCAUCACCGACACGCUCUGACAUCACCGCUGACAUCACCUGCAGGCGGCCCGACUUUAUCUCAUUGGAACCGCAGGGGUUCUGCCUGCUGGGGGGUGGAGCCAGGCGCGCAGGGGGGCGGGGCUUGUUCCAUCUGCUGAAGGCCCUGAGGAGGACGGUGCUGCCGGCGCAUUGGGUCGCCGUGAUGGCUGCCGGACCGGAGCUGCAGCUGCUGCAGGUUCAGGCGGCGUCCCGUCGGYUGCYKCUCCGCUCCGCAGACUGCCACCUGCUGGUGGCUCCGCCCUUCCACACCUGCCUGCCGUGCCUGCUGGAGGAGGAGGAGGAGGAGGAAGAGGAGGGUGAAGAUGAAGAUGGAGCCAUGGUGGAGGAGUUCCAGUGUUAA